AUGGACGAGAAGCACGCGCCGUCGCCGUCGCCGUCGCCCAUCCAGAGGAGCCUCUCCGCCGUCACCUACUGCUGCGGCGCGUGCGGGUACGACCUGCGCCUGCGGUCGUCGGACCGCAACACGGCGGGGAUCGUGGGCGCGGCGUACGGGCGCGCGGCGCGGCGCGGGGUGGUGGCGUUCGACGCCAUCGACGACGCGCGGUUCGGGCACGCCGACGAGUUCCGGUGCGUCGACCUGCGCGCGCGCCGCCUCUUCGUGCGCCGCACCCGCCUGCUCUGCCGCAAGUGCGGCGCCAGCCUCGGCUUCGGCUACGACGACCGCGGCCAAGAGGGUGGCAGUCCCCCGCGCUACGACAUCAAGAUCCGCGCGCUCCAGCCCCUGGCGGCCGACGACGACGACGACCACGGCGACGCGGGCGCCCCGCCGUCGGGUGCAUGA